UCUGGGAAAAGCCAGCUUCUGUUUGCACUGGUCUUCACAACUCGUUACCUGGAUCUUUUUACUUCAUUUAUUUCAUUAUAUAAUACAUCUAUGAAGCUUAUUUACAUUGGCUGUUCCUAUGCCACGGUGUACCUGAUCUACAUGAAAUUCAAGGCAACCUAUGAUGGAAAUCAUGAUACCUUCCGAGUGGAGUUUCUGGUGGUCCCUGUGGGAGGCCUCUCAUUUCUAGUCAAUCAUGAUUUCUCUCCUCUUGAGAUUUUAUGGACUUUCUCCAUCUACCUUGAAUCAGUGGCUAUCCUUCCACAGCUCUUUAUGAUCAGCAAGACUGGGGAGGCCGAGACCAUCACCACCCACUACCUGUUCUUCCUGGGCCUCUAUCGUGCUCUGUAUCUUGUCAACUGGAUCUGGCGCUUCUACUUUGAGGGCUUCUUUGACCUCAUUGCUGUGGUGGCUGGUGUAGUCCAGACCAUUCUAUACUGCGACUUCUUCUACUUGUACAUUACAAAAGUACUCAAGGGAAAGAAGCUCAGUUUGCCAGCGUAAGUGCCAAAGACCAUCACCAGCAUCUGUCCUUCAGGGUGCUCGGACAGAAUUCUUACCACAGCAAAGGCAUAAGAUGCUUGACACGGAAAAUCAGAAACUUAACUCUUUUAUUGCAGAUAGUCAUCAGUGGCUCUGUAAGAAUGCAGAGGAAAAGAACCAGAAGGUUUCUGUUUAAUGCAUCUUGCCUUAUCUUUUUUUAUUACUAUGUACAAAGAUUUUUUUACACAAAGAAACUUAAUGCUGUAUUAAUAAAUUCAGUGUGUAGCUUCAAUUGGGAUAGUUCUAAAAGUGAAAAUUUUGUGAGGAAAGUGCAACUUUUUUUUUAUUUUAAAACAUUCUUUGAAAUUGUUGAUUCUUUGUGUCUGCAAUGAAAUUGUACUCCUUGACAGUUGAUAGAUUGUAUAUUCUUCCAUCUAUCAAACUUGCAUUCCACUAUAUUUAUUUUUGCCAAAAGAUGAGUUAUGUUUGUUUGAAAUCUGAGACACUAUGUUCAAUUUGGUAUAUUUGUUCAAAUUUAUUCCCAACUGACAUGGAAAUCCUUCCUUGGAUGUCAGAACACUACAUUUAAGGUUGGUAAGGAUGACUUGCAAGUCUUAUGGUUUUCAUUACCAAAAUUUUAGGACUCCUAAAGUAGAUGGAGUCUCAUUUAAGAGUCACCAAAGAUGCCUGCCCUCCUUCCUGCUGAGAAGUAUCAGUUUGAAACAGUCGCAAAGUUAGAAUUUAGGGGGCAGGGUUCUGGACUGCUUGCCAUCUAAGUGUGGGAUGGGAGGGACAGUAAUGAUUAUCUUGGUUGUAGGACUCUACUCCUCUGAGGAAUGGAACACUUUAAUUUAUAGUUCCAAAAGAUUACUACAACCAUGUCCAUGCUCAGAUUCAAAUGGUUUUUCAUACUACUUUUGGGUGGUAAAAUGAUUUACUUAUUUUUUUAAUUGGCAGCACCAAUUACCAUUCCUUAUAUUCUUUUUUUUACUUAGCUCUUGCAUGACUUAUCUUGUGUUACCAUCCUAAAUAAACACUUUGUUAAAUAUAGACUAAAUUGUCUUUUUAUUUUUUUUUUAUGAAUUAGGCCUUUGGAACAUCCUAUGAUAAUUUUUUGUUUUUCAGUUGGCAACAAAAGCUCUAUAGGGUUGCAAACAUUUAAAGUCCACUUAAUAAUCCAUAAAACUAUGUAUUUUGUGGAAAUAUUAGAAUUUUUCCUCUUGAUUUUGACAUUAUAUUCAUUUGCGAUAUAUUUUUUGAUUGAUUUGAUUUGAUGUCACGCACCGUAAGUGUUGAAUACUAACAGUGCUUACUGCAAGAAGGAUGUAGUGUUUUUGCUUUCUGCAUUAAAAUGUCUUGUGGAGGAAGGGAACUGGAUUGGUUUUAUUUUCUAGUGAUUGUCUUAACAUCUUUCUGAAUUGGCAGUGAAACUGCAUAGGUUAACAUCCUGUCUUUAUUUUACUUUCCCUUCUUGCCUCAUAUUUUUGCUUUUGUGUUUCAGUAUCUUUCUAGCAUCCCAGUCUUGCUUUAGUUUCUGUGGUCUGUUUUUAUCCUCCUUGGAAGAUUUUGAGAGUGUGGGGAAGCUGGGAAAUCCAGUCAUAGUAAGUUGAGCAGACUGCUUGCUGCCCGGACUGGGGGUGGGUGGGGGGCUCACAUUGUCUUUGUGUAUGUAUAUCAAACUCGAGCUGGGAUCAUUCACCGGCGAGCACAAUGCACAGAACAAGGAUCUGAAACCUCAGCAUAUCCAUACCUUCUGUAAUCAUUUUACCAAAGUAAAAAUAAAAUUGGCUAAGAUGUUACCACCAUUUUGUGGUCAACCAGGCUGACAUCCUUAAUAACAAGGUGCCUGCAUUGGAGUGCUGGACUGGGCAGCAUCCUCGCGCAUGUUGGAAACAAAGGCCUUGUGUGACACGCCUUAUGAAGCACUGUUUCUUAGUUACUUUCACUUCCUGAAUAAAGGUUACCAGGUAAUUGAUA